GUUAUUUAACACACUUAUCCAUCAACAUUUGGUGUCACUCUUUUGGUUUCGUCCGAUGAUUUGUAGCUGAAAGUGUAAACGCUGACCCACGGACUUGUUUUCAGCUUCACCGUUUAAUCUAAAGAGUAUUCGUCGGCUGGUGAGCUGAAAGCAAAUACAAGGCUAUUCAACUUCAUUUUACGCAGAUUUUCGGAUAUAAGUGAAAAAUUAGUGGGCUUAAAAACCCCAGACCUACGUACAGAUACAUUUCAGAACUGAAGGAAUUUGUGGAAAAAGUUUCAAGGUCAUUGAGAUCGUUUCACGAUAAACCCAUUUAAAGGUCAUUUGAAGAUUUUUUGAAAAGAAGAACAAAAAUUAUCCAAUGAUCGAAGUUUGAAGGAAUAAAUUUAAACCUUUGAAUCUCGUCUUUAUAACAACUUGAUCUGAUCACUUGUAAAAUUGUAUCGUGAUUUCAAUCUUUUCAUUUCGAAUGAAAUAAGCAACGAUCGUGCAAAUUGACAUCGAUCGUGGUUUUAAUUUAUUCCUUAAUUAUUUAUUAAUUAUUAUAUUUGAAUCUCUUUGUUUUAAAUUAAAUCAUAGAAUGACCUUGUAACCUUAUCCUUACAGAAUGACCUAAAUGAUCUCUAGCUGACAUUCCUUUAGACUUUUUUUCCAAACUCAUCAAUUAAUAGAAAAGACAAUUAACCUUAGAAAUUGCUAGAGGAAGAAGACGAAAGAAACAUUUUCACAGAAGCAUAAAUACACGUAUGUUGCAACUAUUUAAAUUUCUUUUAAUUAUCUUGUUGGUCGUUAUAAUUGAGUUUUCUCCCAUUGGAUCCAUUUGUUCAUUUGUGACGGUAUCGGGGUUCGAGUACCUUAAAGAGAGAGAGAAAGAGUGCGAGAGGAGAGGAAAAACUUUGAUCAGCUUUGAAAGUGAAAGCUAGGAAAUCAAAGAGAGAGAGAGAGAGAGAUUUUAACAAGAGAAGAUCUCGAAGUGAACAUAAUUUAUUUUCAUUUUUUCUCUUAUAUACAAAUUAAGAGGGAGUCUUUUCAUCAUCAUCUUAUCUUUGACCAAUGGUCAGCUGGGUCAGGGUGAUGAUGAUGAUUACAACACAAUGUUGAGCAAUCAACAAUCAUCACAACCAAUUGUUAUUGUUGAUUGUAAGUGUAUUGUACUGACUGUAGGUGAUGAUUGUUGAUUGUAAGUGGUUACAAUCAGGGGAGAGAAGUUGAUCUCCUCACACAUUUAUUACUCAAGUAAAAUCGAAACGAAACUGAUAAACAAAAGGUAAUCGUUAAAUUAAUUUUCUAAUGUAGUUGUUUGAAGCUAAAUCAAAACCCUUUAUUUAAGAUUGAAGGAAAAUGAACUCAAAUACGAUUAAUAUUAAAUAUAUUUUAAAAAAUGGAAUUCUCAAUAACUUUUUCGUUUUGCCAUCUUAUAUAUCUUUGAUGACAAUGAGCUCACAAACUCAGUGCCAAGGAUAGGAGAAUGUGUUUUGUUUCAGGUAUCGAUUGGCAUCUUAAACUUUCACCGACAAUUAGCAUGCACAUCACAUACGGUCAAAUAGCACGAAAAUCAAGGUUCAUCGGACUCAUCGCAUCCAUCAGUACUAUGUAAAGCUCAGGAUGAAUGAUUAACCUCUUCUUCAAAUUUUACCGUUAUCUUUUUAUAAUGCACGUUUUUGGAAUCAAUAUACAAAAAUAUUUAUCAAUUAUCUUCUCGAUCCUUAAAAUAUAAAUACUAGUAAUAGAUUUUAAGUCAAUAAUAUUGUCAUGUUACUAUGACACCUUAAUUGUAACAAUAAUAAUAAUAAUAAGAUUCGGCGUGAAUUUAACAUUCAGAAUUGAAAAUUUCAUCAGCAUGUCAAAUUUUCUUUCAUUGUGAAUAGUAAUUAUUUGACUUUAAAAUGAAAUUCAACUUAGUCUCUGUAAUUAAAUUGUCGUUCAUUGAUAAAUGGUUUCUAUUUUUGAAUGGACUAAAUUCUGAUGCUCGAGUAUCAGAUGAAUCGAGCGGCUCUUUAUUAUCAGGGUACAAAUCGAUUCCUUUUUUUGUGAACAUUUUCAUCUCAUUAAUUAAUAUCGUAAAUGUCAACUACUUGGGAACAGUUAAUGUUACAUCAGGCAAUUUACUAAUUACUCUUCGUGAGGUAACAUACAUUUUACUGGUCGCUGCCAUGAAAAUGACCAUCACCGGUUACAAUCAACUGGUCACUUCUACGAUCCCUUCCCUUAGCUCAUCACAAAAAAUUAAAAUAACCAAAAUCCGAUUAUGUUUGUUAAUUGUUUACAUUAUUUUCUUAAAUUAUCAAACUAUCCAAUUGUUAAUCAACUUUAAUUGGUCUUCGUUAGCUGAUAAACUAAUCAAUUUUGGGAGUUUGUUUCUAUUGAUUCAUUCAAUUUGGAUCUCAAAUGGACUUCACUUUUAUUCAACUUAUUUAUAUACAAUUUCCGUUUAUUCAGUUCAUCAAUUGUGUCUCUCAUUUAAAGAUAAAGUGAUCUUUACAAUGAACAAGUCCACUCGCCCGUCCACUCAUGAUAUUACCACGAUCCGAAGUGACCGCUUCCGUUAUCAGGCAAUUAAACGUUUUCUUGAUCGGACAAUUAACUGGUGGUCAAUUGUUUGGUAUUUCGACGCAUUUUUCACCACGUGUUUAAUUUUGGUCAACUGUUUCUAUCCCUCAUUACCCAACACAGAAUCAACAUCAACCCUUACCAACAAUUUACUAAUCAUUUACCUAAUUCGCACUCUAUCACUUUUUGGAAUCACAAUUCUGGUUGAUUAUAUCACUAAUUAUGAAACUUCAAUUACCUUUUACAUUGGUGAUCAUUUGGCACCUCGACUUGAUGAUUCGAUGGAAAUUAAAUUGGAAUAUGUUAAAUUAAGCCAAGAAUUAGGAUCCAGGCCUUUUAUCCCUUAUACUUUGGCCGAUAUGUUCAAUAUUAAUCGUAAUUUGAUUCUUUCAUUUUUCUCAGCUGUUCUGCCCCUCACAGUAAUUACACUUAGUUUCAUUCGAGAAUCAAAUCAAUCAUCACCAACCAACUCUUCUUAAUUGUUGAUCAACAACAACAAUCAAUAAGACUUGAGACACUCGAACCAAUCACUUACAAUUGUUAUUGUCAAUUUUUUUCUCAUAACUUUCCAAUUUUGAACAAUCAGUUAACAAUAAUUGAUUAAUUGUAAGGUCAACUUGUUAACACUUAAUAUCUUUCAAUAGUUAAUCAACUUACCUUGAGAGCAAAUGUUUAAUAUGUACAGUUAAUUAUGAUAAAGAUUAUUAUUAUUACCGUUACUUUAACAUUGUAUUCAAUUGUUGUUGCGAUUUCAAUAAGAUUUUCAUGAUUAAAAAU